AUGUUUGGCGGCGGCGAUAGAAACGUCGUAACGCCAGACUCGAUGAUCUACCUGGAGGAGCUGAUGCAGGAGCUGCGGAUCCUCACAAACUCUCUCUCCACCAGCGAAAACGGCUACCGUCACGCUCAUGUUCGAACUUUCGACGUUUAAAAGCUAGGAAUAACUCAAAGUCAGAAAAUAUAUUUUUUCUCUCUAAAAACACUUCGCAUAUAUCCCGGACUAAAUGAUUGAUGAGAAUGACCAAGAAAAACUCCCCCACAGUACUUUGGACUGAUCCUUCUGCAUUUACAGAUGCUUCUAACACUCGAAAUACAACGCGUCUGGCAGUGUCUGAAGGUGAUAUUUAUUCCUUCUGUUGUUUUCCUUCUUUCUCCGCAGUAAACAAGGUCACUUUUUCUGACAGUCUGGUACUUUUUUUCAGAAUUACUUCUUUAAUUGCUCUCUGAAAAAAGCGAAGCGGUCUAGCCGUGACACCAAUAUUGAACAAUUUUAAACUUCAUACCUUGAAAAAUAGAAUUUUGCGCGACUAGAGAUUUUGGAUAAGCGAAACGAGCAACCUCUUUCCCGACAUUCCUUCUGAGGUCUACGAAAAAGAUUUCAGGCUUUGGAUGAGAGAAACUGCGCUGAGUUACGUACCAAAUCGCCAGCAAAACAAGAUCGUUUUACGAUGGUUGAGAAAAUAAGCCUAUGCCAAGAGGAUGGCGGUUCGCGGUUUGUCACAUCAAAGAUAUUCCCUCUACAGUUCCUUCCAGAAAGAACAACAUAAUAGGCCGGAUAAUCGGUCCACGAGGGAUCUCGGUGAAGCAGCUGGAGACAGAGACGGGCUGUACGAUAUCCAUACACGGCAAGGGCUCGAUCAAAGACGCAAAAAAAGCGGAGAAGCUGGCCAGAAAGCCCGGUUGGGAACAUCUGCGCGAAGAACUCCACGUGCGCAUCACCGCCGUCGACAUCGACAAGGACAGGUUGGUCGGAUCAGUUAUAGCUUGCUUUCCGGGCAGGGCUCAGGUUUUGACGAAUAGAUAUCGUUCUACUGUUUCAUGUACACUGUAUACCAAAGUUUGCCCAAAAAGUUGACGGUGCAAUUUAAAUCACUUCAAAAACGUUGAAGAUGCGAUCGGAAGUUGCGACGAGCCAAGGAACGCGUCGAGGAAAUCAUCAACGGCGGCGACAUGGGCCUCAAGCAACGCCAGUUCGAACAACUCGCCAUCAUCUCUGGCACUUAUCGCUGUUCUUUUUAA